AUGACAACCCCCGUCCGAGCAGCUGCAGGUGCAGCAGAUGCCAUCCUCUUCCCCCUAUGCACAUUCAUCCUCAGCCUAUAUACGCUCGAGCACAGCACGUCACUCUUCAUCACAUCGACGGCCCGACUAGCCCAAAGGCUCCACGUCUCGGAGACGCUCAUCUCCUUGCUCACCGCCGGCGCCGAGUGGGAGGAACUUUUUGUUGUGAUCGCCGCCUUAGUCCAGCAUCGUCCGCGCCUGGCCCUGGGAAACGUCUUGGGAAGCUGUGUCGCCAAUAUCCUGGGCGCCUUCUCCUUGGGUCUGUUGGUGCAGGCGCAAGCGCAACAAAACCAAAACCAAAACCAAAACGGCAUCACCAGCUUCGACGCGAGUGCCAGGCUAUAUGCCACUGUCCUGUUUACAGUGACAACGGCUGUAGUGGUCCUUUGGGGUGUUGGCUGGCUGUGGACAAAGGUCUCCGGGGCUCUGCUCGUGCUAGCUUUUGCCAUCUAUGUCGUUGGUGUGGGCUGGUCGAUUUAUCGCGGUAUCUUGGAUGCUCCUGAAGAUUCGGAUUCGUAUGGCAAUUCCGACUCGGGUUCGGAGUCUAGCUCGAGUCCUGACUCAAUGCCAGAAGGAGUAGGUGGUGGUGGUGGUGGUGGUGGUGGUAGGGCCGAUGCGAACGCACGAAACGAUAUCGACGAGUCCGAGUCAACGGCCUUGUUAAAUCGAAGGAGACAGAGACAACACUACCGAUGCAUCAUUUGGGAUCUCGGCAGACUUCUCGUCGGAUUUGUCGCGCUCUCAAUGAGCGGCUACCUACUUUCGCACUCGUCCAGACUGCUGGCAGCCAGAUUCAACAUCUCGGAAACCGUCUUCGGCGCCACACUCUUAUCCUUCGCCACGACUCUACCCGAGAAAUUUGUCGCUGUGGUUAGCGGAGCCCGUGGACAUCAUGGCAUCAUGGUGGCCAAUACGGUCGGAAGCAAUAUCUUCCUGUUGACUCUUUGCUUGGGCGUGACAAUUCUCGGAUCUGCCAGUCUUGCAGAGUCGGCAAGUUAUGCCCAUGAAAUUUUCUGGGUGUGGGCUUCUUCAGCCAGCCUCACUCUGGCCAUCCUGGUUGGCUCGCAUAGACUGGUUGGAGUGGCGAUGCUGAUUGCAUACGUGACCUUUCUGGUCCUUGAAUUCGUGCUGAACAGAGCCUGA